AUGUCAUUUGCUUCUCUGUCAGAUCGUACUAAGAUAGCUAUUCUAGCCGAUGAAGCAACUAUUACUGGAUUUAAGCUUACGGGGAUAAAUGGAUCGGAAUGGAGUACUCAAUCAACUUAUGGAGUGUUUAACUAUUUACAUCCAAUUUAUGAGGAUACAGAUGAAGAUGAAUUACAAACUAAGUUUAAAAUGCUAAUGGAAAGAAAAGAGAUAGCGAUUGUUUUGUUGGGAAGAAAAGCCAAAGAGAUUCUUAAGGAAGAGAUAGCUAAGAAAAUAGAUAUGUUUCCUUUGAUUUUAGAAAUACCUGAAAAGUCAGCUGAACCUUCAGCCGCCGAGAUAGCCCUCAUGACUAGAUUAAGAGAAUUAACUGGCAGUAAGUAG